CUGUUCAACCAACCACACCGUCUCGAACGAUUGUUUCACCUGUUUGUUUGCAACAUAAACUUGGGGAUCAUGGAGUUAAGUGAUGUGAAGGAAGCGGCUCUGUUGUCAUGGGUAAACGGCGUGUGUCCAGAGAAACCCGUUUGGAAAAUCCUUCAAAUAAAGGAUGGGCAACUCCGGAGGUUUGCCUACAAAGUAUGUGGGAAAAUGUCUUGUGAAACGUUGUUGGUGCCACCAUUUUCAGAGACUAUUAAAAUCAUUUUCAACAUACUGAUGGACGAAUUUGUCUUUAACAGAGGACAGAGUGCAGUUAUCUCUAAGAAGAUAAAUGAAGGAAUUGAACUUGACCUUCAGCUCGCCAAGGUGGUUCUUGUCCUCUGUUAUUGUGAUUUUAAAGUAAACAACAUGAUUCCUGAUUUAGACGUCAAGACUGAGCUGAUGAUAUCAUCGAUGUUUCGCUUUGUAAGAGAUGACGUUGAUGGUCUGUCUUUAGAUGAAUGCCUAGAUAAGUUUCUAACCAAAGACUGCGUCUUGCAUUUAUCCUCUAGUAGUGAGUGCAGCAUCAAUUCAUCAUUUUGUACCGGUGAUGAGUCUCCAUUCUUCGGCUGGUUUCACGGUCCUCCCAGAGACGGAGACCAACUAGAAAAAGAGCUGGCCAAUCAGAUUAGCAUCAUCCCUGAGAAAGAGGGUAUCCUCUCUCAACUGCAGCACCGGAUGGAUCAUCUCCUACAAAAAAUAGGAGAAUUUGAGAAGGGCCAUGAUGUAUAUCAGCUGGAACUUCAGGAGAAGAAAGAAUGUCUUCUCCAAAGAGUGCACGAGAUUGUAAAGCAAUGUCAAGAUUUCAAAACCAGCAGCUCUCAGAAAGAAAUCAAGAUUAAUGAGCUGAGAGAGGAAAAUGCAACUCUUGCUGCUCAGGUCCAAAAUGCUUUUGCCCAGCUGAAAAGAGCUGAGGAGGAGAUUGCUAAACUCACACUGGCUUGUGAAAUGUCUCGGUCUAAAUGGGAGAAUGAGCUGAAUGAAGCUGUCACACAGAGGGCUUUGACCAAAAUUGAGAGCCUCCAGAUAAAAGUUCUGGAACUGACUGAGCAAAUAUCCUCGAAGGAUGAUGAAAUCAGGAAAUUAAGUAAUUGGAAUGACUCUCUAAACCAUGAGGUGAAGCUUGUGAAGGAUCAAAAUGUUGAAAUAAAUGAAGUGAUCAAAUCAAUUCGGAAAGACCAUGAGGAUACUAUUAGGAAACUUCAGCAAGAACUUCGCUGUGCUGCUUUUACUGCAUCAAAGAAACAGGAAGACAUUAUGGUUCUGUCAGCUGAAGUAACACAUCUAAAAGAAAAGAUCUGUCACUACAAUGAAAACCAACAUCAGAAGCAACUGGAGUUUUCUGUUUUAGAGGCAGAACACAAAGUGCUGAUGGAAAACAUGACUUCUCUUCAGAGCCAGUUAGCUGAGGUUAAAACUAUGAGUGCCCAGAAGGAAUCUGAGCUCCUCUUGCUUCAGCAGCAACUUUGCCAUCAAGAAACCCAGAGAAAAACAACUUUGGAGCUUGAGACAGCCAGGUGUGAGGAGCUUGAGAAGACUGUGAGUCAACUUCAGGCAAAAGUCCUAGAGAUCUCCUCUGUUGCCUCUGAGAGGGAAGCUUGUUUGACUUCUCUUCAGAAUGAGAUGAAGGAUCAAGAGAGGCUUAGAGCUCAACUGGAGCUGAAGGUGGAGGGACAAAGUGUCUCCAUCCUUGGUUUAAAUGAUAUUGCCAUAAAAUGGAAGCAGCAAUGUAAACAGCUUUUGGAGACGGUGAAGAUGAUGUUGGAGAAAAUCAAUCAUUACAACUAUAACAAACAGCAGCUGGUGAAGGCUCAGGAGAUGAACAAGUCUCUUAUGAACUCCCUAGAGGCCAGCAGGAGAGAUAUCGAAGCUCUGAAGACCGAACUGACACUGGCUCGCAUGGAACGAGACCAGGAGAAGGACAAAGUCGAAAGCUUGCAGACUCAAGUAAACCUUUCUGUCCGGCGUCUACAAAAACAGAGGAGGGUGAAUGAUGACAUCGACUACCCUAGAGUCCCAUUUGAAUGGCAGGACAACAGCAAGUUCAAUGGUUUGCUCAAUUCUUACAGCCAUUUGGCACCGUCUGGUGAGACCAGCACUCCGCAGAAGACACCGGGAAGUGUUAAAGCAAAGGAAUCUGUUUGUAGUCCACCCUCUUCCCAAUAUCGGCGCAAACUGGCUGCCCAGCAUUUCAGACCUGUCUCUACAAAUCUCUUCAGGGGAAAUGAUGUAACCGCAACUUCAUCUAAAACAAAUGAACUUCAAGAGAAUGAAACGAAGCACGCUGCAGAUGACUUGAUGCGCAUCGCUGAACUGCAGGCACGAAACAAAGCCUGCCUACCUCACAUGAAGAGCAGCUACCCACUGGAGUCCAGGCAUAAUAUGGGAAUUCCAUCUUUAACAUUAACGGAUGAAGACCUGCGGAUGGGUAGCCCACAAGAGACCAUUCAACUUGCUGCUUCACACCUACGUUCAUCACAAAAGAUGCAUAGCUUGCAUGCUCGAAAUCGCUUUGGAUCCCAGCGAGCAGCCACACCUGAGAUGAAUGAGUCGACAAGCUGCUUCUCUCAGACGACUGUAAAGGGCAGGCAUGAGAACAUGCAUCCAGUCUGUAAGGCUAAGCAAAAGCAACAUGUGGUGUUCACGAUUCCUAAUACUCCAAAGCCCCGCAGAGGUGGGACUUUGCUGCAUCGUGGAAGGAUCUUUAAGAACUCCUGCAAAUCUGCCACCGCUUCCAGUCAAAUCCUGCGCUCAACGCUGAGAAAGUCUCCAUGUAGCAAACCUUAUGUGAAGAAGACUUCACACUAAAUUGAUGGCCUUUCCACCUCCAAUUAUAUUUAUUCAUGUUUUUAUUUUUUUUUUUAAAAUAAAACAGUUUUGUUUUUGUUUUUUAUUAGUUUUGCUUUAAUAAAACACAAAUCAUGUAGUUUCCAUGUAAAAUGACUUACAGCUCCCCCAUGUGGUUGAAAAGUGCAACAGUGCCUGGUAUCAGACAGUCUUCUGCAGGGGGAGGGGCGGGGCGGGGCUGUGUGCUCUACCCUCCACCGCCACUUUCAGAGUGUGCUUGUAGCAGCUAGGAGGUUGCUCAGGUUGCAGCAACAGUACAAUUUGUCCAGUUAAAAGUUGUUCUAUCACUAAAAUAAUUUUAGAGACAUUAUUUAAAGGUAAAAAAACUACAUAGUGUUGCUUUAAAGGUUAAUUUUUCUGUUAACCAUUGAAGGAUCCUAUCUUAGAUCCUCACGUGCAGAAUG